AUGAAUUUGACUUGUGUUGAUUCUUGUUCGACAGAUGGUGGUUAUUCCAAUGCACCAGUUAAUAUUUUAACCGACUGUGCCUCACUUAGUUUGUCGCUCGGCACGAUCGCAAGUGAAGGAUCAAGCAAUAUUAAUCUCUCAGCUAACGCAACUUUUUCCAUAGCAUAUCAGAGUAGCUAUUGGCUAGGUUUGAAUGAUCCACCACUACGUAAUUUUAGUUGGUCGAUGUUGUGCUCGAUUGACCUUCGAAUGCGACCAGAUGGUUUUAUGAACACUCCACCAGUAGCAAGUGUCAUAUCACCACAAUUUGUGAUUGUGAAUACAACAACUACGAUCCAAAUACCCGUAUCGGAUGUUAACUCAGGUGAUGAUGUGCGUUGUCGAUGGUCUGGAUAUCGAUCUGGAUAUCGUAGACGAAGACGGUCCUAUGAAAACGAUGACAUAGCGCAUUUAUACACUCCAUAUAUGUAUCACAAUUUAAUUACUGAUGAACAAAUUGCUCAUAUUCGAAGAAAAAGAGGGUGUUCUGGAUGUGGUUCUACCGUGUGUUCAAGCGGUUGUAGUUGUACUUGCCCUGGCUGUGUAGGAACCCCUUGUACGGGUGAUAAAUGUACAACAAGUCUUUGUUCUGUUCAAACUACAACAACAACCAAACGAACAACUGUAUCUUAUCCCAAUCAUGAUCCAGUUGACGAAUGUGGUGAUAUUUGUUAUCCAAAUGCUGUACCAAAUAAUACAACAUUACACAAUUGCAGUGUAACACUCACAGGACUUAAAGUCGGAAUAUGGUAUGCAGUGGCUGUUCAGGUAAGCAAUGGUCAAAUAUAA